AUGCCAUCUUAUCUCAUCACCGGAACAUCCCGAGGCCUCGGUUUCGAGUUCGUUCGUCAAUUAUCUGCUGACUCGAACAACACCGUCAUUGGAUUCGUCCGCAAUAAGAAGGCGACUGAAGAGAAGAUUCAGCGUGAACUGUCUGCACGAUCCAACAUUCAUACCAUCCAAGGCGAGAUCCAAAACCUUGAGUCGGUAAAGAACUUGGUCAAAGAGGUGGCUAAGAUCACAGGCGGUAGCCUCGAUUAUAUUAUCGCCAAUGCCGCUCUUCAAUCCGAAUGGUCUGCCCAUAACCCCAUCGGUGUUCUUGGCGAGGAACCCGAGAGACUUGAAGAAGACAUGCUCGAGUCCUUCAAGAUCAACACUCUUGGAAAUAUCCACCUGUUCAACCUAGCCCUCCCACUCAUCCGCAAGGGCGAAGCCAAGAAAGUCAUCGCUAUUUCAUCCGGCAUGGCCGAUCCCGACUUUAUUACUAAUUUCUCAAUCACUGAUGGGGCCCCUUACACAAUCAGCAAGGGCGCACUCAACAUUGCCGUUGCGAAGUUCGAUGCCCAAUACAGGAAGGAGGGUAUCCUGUUCAUGGCCAUCUCUCCGGGUCUUGUUGCUACCCAGGACACGUCCAAUUACACCGAAGAACAGAUUCAGGGAGUCCGCGAUAUGGUGGCUGCUUUCAAAGGCUACGCGCCUCACUGGGAGGGUGCCAUUUCUCCCGAAGAGUCUGCCACUGCAGUCCUUUCUGUUAUAAACAAGGCCAGCAUUGAUGCUGGCAAUGGAGGUUCCUUCGUGUCCCACUAUGGAAACAAGCAGUGGCUCUAA